AUGGCAGCUGUAAUGACCAAUCCAGAUGUGCGUCCGCUUCCCAGCGGAUGGAACACACACUUCAACGAUCAGUACAAGGCUUGGUUUUACGUGAAUGCCUUGGCCUCCAAGACUCAAUGGACUCACCCCGCGGAUGAUGCUCCACCUCCUCCCCCUCCCCCUCCUGGACCACCUCCACCAGCCGGUCCUCCUCCCCCAUCCGCAGCUCCAGCAGUUGCUGCAGCUGCUGUUCCCGUUGCUGCUCCUGCGGCGGUCACUGCUCCGGCUCCCAGCCCAGCCCCGACAGCCGCUACGACCGCCGCCCCUGCAGGGUCGGCGCCGAAACCUACCCCAGCCAGCGCAGCUCCUGCUCCUGCUCCUGCUUCUAAAGACGUUAAGGCAGCCGACGCCCCAGCCCCUAAGGAGAAGACAGGCUUUCGCAAACUCUUCUCCCGGAUGGGCAAUAAAGUCAGCAACGAGGUGCUCGAGUCAGUGGAAAAGGUCAUGAUUGUUUCAACUAUCACAGACUCUGUGGCGCAAGGCCACUUGGUUGUCCACAACGUGACAGCGGUUGUACCCGCGAAAGACGCCCCUGCGGCUGCUGCCACAUCCGCCGCCCCCCCUCCAGCUGCUAAGAUAACACCCGGCACUGCACCGAAAGCUCCAGUGCCUACAGCGGUGGCUCCGUCGGUCCCGGGCGCUGGUGCUGCUCCUGCGCCCGCCACUGCGCCUGCCCCUUCUACGGCUGUCCCGGCAGCUACACCAACCCCAAUGCUCGCGGCGCUUGCUACUACAGCUGUCGGUGGGCAUGAGGCCCCUCCUGCUUCGGAGACCGCCCAUCAUGAAGACAAGCAAGCUGGUCCCGAUGACGGUCCUCAUGAUCAGCAAGCCGAUCAAUCCGAUGCCAAUGCAUCAGGACAGCACACCUCAUCGGAACAAAAUGCCCAGUGCCAAGAACCUCAGCAUGAAGGAGGCGAUUCUCAGCAACAGCAAGAUCACGAUGAUGUCCACCAAGAUGGCAAUGUCCAGCAUGGAGCUGGAGAUGAACAGGGUGAUGAUGCCCAGUAUGAGGACGAUCAGGGGUACGAGGAUCAGGGCUAUGAGCAGGACGGCGGUGAUUAUGGUGACUAUGCCGAUGAUGACUAUUAG